CGUUGACCCUGAUAUACCGUAAGUCUUAUCAAAUCUUGACCACUUCCCAUACUGCACGAAAAGACGCGUCUGAGCUACGAGGCUCCGACCUGGAAGCCUUCCUUCAACCUCGAGCCCGAGGACGAUGUGUCUUUGUAGAAGCUGCUAUCGCAAAUCUCCACCAGAUAAAUUCAUGACGGCUAAGCAUCUUGAUGUUAUCACGCGAGCGACGUGCUGGACGUGGCUCCUACUAAUUUGCUUGUUGAUGUCGUGAUUCAGAUGAACACCUUCCUACCCUGCUGAUGACCCCCCAAUUUCACUUGACCAACCUUGUAGCUCACCAUUGGCUAACAUUACAUUCUCAUCAGACAGAGGGACAAACAAAACCAGCUUCCCAAACCAACUCGAACAUCUGUGUCUAAAUUCCAUCGGCAAUCACAAUCAUCAACACCAAGUAGGCUACAAGUCGCGCAACCAUGCCUCGACCAGAAGGCUACGCAUCCAUGCAAUUCGACCAAGUCGAAAGCACAGGAAAACAAGUCAUAGUCGAAUGCCGCCACUGCAAAAACAAACGACUCGCCCGCAGUGUCGCCAGCAGAAAAGUGAAGCAUCUCCAACAAUGCACAGAAUUCCAUCGCUAUUUAGCUGAACUUGUUGCUAUAAAUAAUGAAGAACUGAAUGAUGUGCCUGAAGAACUGCUGCAUGGACCGCAAAGAAGAACGCAGAGUUCAGGUGCGAGUUAUGGAGGAGGAGGUGUGAGUGGGUAUACGGCUCAACAGACACCGCUGCGAAGACCACAAUUCGAUGUUUCGCUGCCGACAUUACUGGAUGGACUGGGCAGUGGAAGAAGAGACCCAAAUUCCGAACCUCUAGACGACAUACACGAAUGGAACCGCACCGAUCUAGAAACAGACACACCCAUGAACGAAGCCUCAAAUUCCGAACCCGCCACCACAACCACUGCACCCCAACGCCCCCUCCCUCGCUUUCAACCCCAUGCCGACUCCGUCCCCGAACGCGCCGUAGCAUUCGCCCACCGCGCCGCCCAACGCCGCAAAGAAAAACUAGACAACGUACUGACCAGAGCGAUUUUUGAAGGCAGUUUACCCUUUAAUAUUCAAGAUGCGGCUAAACAUCCUGCCAUGGCGGAGUUUUUCAGAUUGGUGGAUUAUGUGCCGCCGAAUAGGCAUAGGAUUGCUGAUGAUGUUUAUGAUCAUACGCAUGACAGGGGGGAUGAGAUUAUUGCUUAUGCUUCGUGAUUGGAAGGUGAAGGAUGGGGGAAGGAGGGAGGUGGUAGGGGUAUGAUGAAGGUUAUUGCGUUGCUUUGGUGGUUGCAGGUUGCGUUUCUGAAGGGUGGCAUGGGAGUGUCAAUAUCGUAGAUGGUACGAAAAGGGAUGUUGAUGAUGGAUUAGCUCGUCAGUAAGCAAAUAUGCCGUAGCCAGCACAUGAACACAAAACAUACAAAAUAGCGAUACCAACGCAUCGGACGGAAGCAGAGCCACCGAGUCCCAGACCGGCACAGAUUCUUGACUCCGUGCUCGCAGCGAAUAAGCGGAAAGAAAAGUGCGACG